GUAUUUGUCGGCCAUUGAAAGAACACGAUAUCGAGCAUUCGUAUAAUUGACAGGUUGUCAGCAGACGUUACCAAUAAUAGGCGGAAGAACUUUUUCUGUAGCAGUGGUCGGCAACAAUAAUUUAUUGUUACUGUUGCGAAAUACCAGAAUGAAUAACAAGCGCUCGUUUAUUUGUAUAAGUGCGCUCUUGGCUCGUGAGUUUAGUCGGAAUUGCCUGUUAAGUGAAUAAAAUGUUCGGUUCGAUUUGCGAAAGACAGUUGAAAGAAUAUGUAAAUUAGCCUCUUGUCAGUACGUCUGUUAGUGUUUAAUGGAACAUGACAUAAGUGGAGUUAUUUAAAAAUACCGCUUCUUUAUGAUUCAGGCGGACUCUAUCAGUAGCGCUUGCAUCGCCGCUGGAUUUAACGGAUCGAAUUCGUACACAAGUCAAGUUUCAAAGAGUAAGAAAACGCUGUAUAUAGCUACGAAAGCCUGGCGAGGCUUGUAAAUGUCCGGUUACCGUGCUAGAUAGAUUAUUUGCACCCAUGAAGGCGAUAUCACCGUCUUGAAGAAAACCGUGUAUGAAGGGUGUUGUUGGGCCGCACUCACUGCGCUGAGUUAUUAAUGAAAAUGACGGAAUAUAAGUUGGUUGUUGUGGGAGCUGGAGGUGUUGGGAAGAGUGCCUUGACAAUUCAACUUAUCCAGAAUCAUUUUGUGGAUGAAUAUGAUCCUACAAUAGAGGAUUCGUACAGGAAACAAGUUGUAAUUGAUGGUGAAACAUGUCUCUUGGAUAUUUUGGACACAGCUGGUCAAGAAGAAUACAGUGCAAUGCGAGAUCAGUACAUGAGAACAGGAGAAGGCUUCUUACUGGUAUUUGCUGUAAAUAAUGCCAAGUCUUUCGAAGAUAUCAGUAUGUACAGGGAACAGAUAAAGAGGGUGAAAGAUGCUGAGGAGGUACCAAUGGUUUUAGUUGGAAAUAAAUGUGAUCUCCCAACUCGGGCUGUUGAUAUAAGCCAAGCACAGGAGGUUGCCCGGCAGUAUAUGAUACCAUUUGUUGAAACCUCAGCCAAAACGCGACUUGGUGUUGACGACGCCUUUUAUACUCUUGUCAGAGAAAUCCGGAAGGAUAAAGAGCAUAGAGGGAAAGACAAAAGAAAAAGAGUGCGAAUAAGUUACAGGAGGAGACAAUGUUGUUUACUAUAAUGUACCAUACAAAAUGUGAGAAUAGAUUUCUCAAUCAGUGUUGAAUGAGUGGUUCACAAAUAGCACCAUAGUACAAGAAGUUGACAGCAAUUCAAUUUGAAUUAUAAGGUGCAUGGAAAGAGUGGUCGGAGUGGACGAUACCUGCAGUUCAAUUCCACAUUCCAUUUUGGUACAUAUGUAACAACAAAGAGUGCCAGUGGAAAACAAACAGUAUUCUUCCUUGCAAGUAUCGCACAAAAGAUUUUAUUUUUAUUUAGUGUUGCAAGUUUGGAGGCUAUAUGUACGUGAAAUACUUCGUUGAACAGUGGCACAUUGAGUGUUUUCACUCAGUAUUUGUAAUAAUGUUGAAAGUAAGUUUGUUAUUUUUUAAAUAAAUUUUAUCUAUUAAAAUGAAAAAAUUAGAAGAGGUUUUUCAUAUAUCAAAGAACUUAACUCGCAUGAUUGUGCUUCAGGAACUUAAUUCACAUGUACAGUCCCGAGUGCUGACAAAACAGUAUUCCUUGAAGCAUUUAUUUCAUACAGGUUUAUUAUAGUAAUGUCUCUCUAACUUGAUCAGAUCUAAGACUAAAGCGUUUCAUCACUGAAUAUAAAAAAAGCUGCUGUAUUUAAAUUUUCUGUCUCAGACACCAAAGUAGUAAGAUUCCUUAUAAGCAGUCUUGUCACUGAAUUUAUAUUAAACAUUUAGGCUAAUGCUCAAAUUCAGUAUUUAGACACAAUUCAGUGUCUUUAAAGUUCUCUAUUUUUAGGGGUAAGUUACCCACUUGAAAAUGCCUGUGUCAUUUGAGCAAAAAGUGUGGCAUCUUGUAAUCGUGUAAGCCAUGAUCUGUUUAAAUAUUUAAAUAAUUUGCAAUAUUUUUCACAUAUCUUUAUCAUAAAUCUCUUCAUGUAUGCCUUACGUGUAUCGUAAAUUUUAUGGAAUAUCUUUUGAUGGUUUUUGAAAUGAGUGUGAAAGUGUAUGUACAAUAUAAAGUGUUGUUGAUAAAAUUUCUGCAGAAGUACCUCAAAAUGAAAUAAAGUUUUUAUUUUACUGAUA